ACGUAACGGAAAUAAUGAGACUAGUACUACGCUCUAGUCGUGGGUGUAAACAUGGCUCCAUACUGGAGUAUGCAGAUCGCCUUUCCCUGUUUAACUCAAGUAAAAGCUGUUCUAAGCUGUCUUCUGUUGGCUGUUGCUUACGUGGGAAGCCUCUACGUGUGGAAGAGAGAAUUACCGAGAGACCAUCCUAAGACGAUCAAACAGCGGACUCUAAGUGUGUUUGUAGUUUGUGCAGCAGCCCCAUUGUUUCUUCUUCUAAUCAGCAGUGAGGUACCACACAGUCAGGGAUUAUCACUAUGUCAGCAUCUGGGUGUGAGAAAUCCAGGUCUUCUAGCCGCCAUCACUGUGCCACUAGUUCUAACUAUGGUUCUUUUUCUAGGACCUUUGUACAUGCUUUAUUUGGAUGGAUCUCAUGAUGUACCAUUUGUAGAAAGAGGUGUCUUCGGGAGCAAUAUCGCAUCACAAAUGGUGUGGCUGAGAAAUUAUUUGAUUGCUCCAUUUACAGAAGAGUUUGUAUUUCGAGCUUGUAUGCUGCCUCUACUAGUGCCUUGCUUUGGCUGUCCAACAGCUGUUAUCGUGUGCCCUCUCUUCUUUGGAGUAGCUCAUAUACACCACAUCAUUGAACGAUUAAGAUUUGGAUCAGAGCCUUUAUCAGCAAUCAUUCUUACAGCUUUUUUUCAGUCAUGUUACACAACUGUAUUUGGUGCCUACUCUGCAUUCUUGUUUGUAAGAACAGGCCACCUGGCAGGGCCAUUCAUUUGCCACUCAUUCUGUAACUACAUGGGUUUCCCAGAGAUAGGUCAUGUGUUCCACCACAGUCCUAGACAUCGUGCAAUAAUCACAGCUACCUUCAUCUUCGGAUUAGUGACAUUCCUCUUCCUCCUCUACCCUCUCACAACGCCGUCUUGGUACGUCAAUGCCAUGUGCGAUAGUCGGAGCGAGGAGUUCAGUACCCAAGAGCAUACGAUAGAGCUUUGAUGAUGAUGAUGAAGUCGUCCUAGGUAGCCGUCUCACUUUGCCGUCCUGGUGUUUCAAUACUCACUGCAAUAGUCUGGAUUGUGCUAAUGAAGAUCAUACAAAAGAAUGUUGAUCAAAAAUCUCUUGAUAACUUUUUCUUGACACUGGUAAUUCAAUGCCAUAUGUGAUAGUUAAAGGGAGAACCUUAGUAACUAAGGAGUUCUUCUAGGUAAUCCCCUCUCCGUGCUGUCCUGGUGUGUCAGUACCCUAUGUGAUAGCACAAGUCAGGGUCGUUACAACCAAUGAUGUUCAUUUUUUUAACUUUGGUGAUCAUCUUGCUCUUCUGUGAUUUCAACACCAUCUGGAUCUGUUUUCUCAUUCGAUGCAUGGGCGGAUUGUGGGUUGUGCCAUCGUGGCAUGUAUCAUGAUGCAAGCCAGGAAGGACCACUAGCACUCAUCAUGUCCACUCCUUCCAUCAGUUAGAAAGACUCCUUUUCAGAGGUCUUAAUGCCAUGACACUCUACAAUCCACCACAGUACACAAAAUCCCUACCCAAUUUUAAUACAUGAGCGGAGACCACAUCAAACCACUUCCGGUUUACUCGGACGAUCCCCUCUAGUCGACCGUUCUCAUCACAAGAGAUGGUUAAAUCUAGUGGACGCUAGAUCUUGCUGUCUCUCCAGGAGGGUGUUUCACAAAACUUGUCAUCAGUGACAAAUGACAGGAUUAGUUAUAAGCUAAUGAAAUAAUGGUUAUCAACAAAUUUGUCACUGAUUUUUGUUAUUUGUCAUUGAAAAAAGGCUUUGUCAAACGGGUCCCAGAGGUCUGUCAUUCAGGAUGGCUGUUGUCCUCCGUCGUGCGGAUCGGAAUGAUGUUGCAGCAUCCGCACCAAGUGUGUGCUGUCCCAGGUAAUGACAGUAAUAAUCUUUGCCAAACAUCUAUUGCCACCAAUCAUCAUUCUUUCCUGAUAUGCCAUUACCUAAUAGAUUUGGUGACAAGGAAGAACAUCCAAUACAGCAUUUAGGAGGAGUUGUACCGGUAGUCAUUACCAGUGACACCUUCUCUUUCCUUUGUCAUAGAUUAAGCAAAAACAUGUGCUGUCUUGUACAAGACUGUGACAAGAAUACUGAUGAAGUCAGAUGUUUUUGCUUCUAAGAGGCACUGUGGAUAGGUAGUAGGAUAGUUAGUGUACACCAUCAUUUUGAAUUUUGUUUUUCUGCAACAUUCCAUUCUAGUGAUUUCUAGCAUAUAGACCAUGUCCUAAGAUCAGUGAUGAAAAGAGCAGUAAAGAACCACAGUUCCCUCCAGUGCCUCCAUACACCUACAUGUAUAGUGUGAAGUAAAAGGAAAAAAAUGUUUGGCAUCAUAUUUCCUUGUUGCAUAUUUUAUCACACAAUGUAGCCUUGCACCCACACCAUCAAACACCUGUUAUAGCAUCUUAUACACCAACUAGAGUAGGUCCUCAUUCUUUACAUGCAUUUAACCGUUUCCAAGGAUAUAACCAAACAUAGGCAGUGAGUUAGAAUGUAAUGACAUAUCCCCAUCAUAAGUCAUGUUCUUUUCAAUUGUUUAGCGUCCCCUGCCCAAAACAUCAGGAAAUAAAAGUUUGUUUUUAACGGACUAAGGAUGCCAGUAAAUAAAUCAGGGAAUUGUUACGUGUUUAUUAUUAUGAAAAUUAAUGAAGUGUCAGAUAUCCGUCAGCAUUAGAAUUUAUCAUAAUACAUCAAUUAUCAAAUAAGAUACACAAAAGUGAUAAUGAUAACAUUCUGUUCUUGUAUAACACAUGUCAUAUUUUUAGGACAUCAUCCCUGUGCACUUCCAAAGACAUUUGGAAAUUAAUUUUCCAGCCUUAGCUCUGGCAAUUAUAGCCAGCAAACAGUAGAGAAUAAAAUUGUCAGAUUAUUUGAGGAGGUUUUUUCGUAUAAAUUCUGCAUUAUGAGCCUGAUUAUAUAUCCAUGUUUCAUCUUCGUGCUCCUGUGUAAAGAGAGUAUCAAUUAGAUGAAGUGCCUUACCUCAGAUGUCAUGAAUUGGAAAUGAACUUACUGUGUAUGUAUGUCACUAGCAUUUAUUUACCAGAGACCACGCCUUUGAUGCCUUUGCACCCCUCGGCCACCAUUACAGCUUUACGAGGGCCACGCCCUAGUUUUGCACACUGCUUUGCCAUUCGCUGCAUUUCGUUUUUUUUUUCUUCUCAAAUAAUUGCUUUUCUUAUUUUUGCAAGUUAAGCACAAUUAAAGUGAAUUAUUACACAUUUGUUUUUUAGAAGGCGGUGGCGAAUGGU